CCCUCAAAGUCAAUGGAUUAAUAUGUAUUGUUAUAAGUGUUGUUAAUCUAAUCCAUAAGGAGACAGAAAGAGUUUAAUGUUCAUCAGUUUUUUUCUGAAUAUCUUUUGUGUUGUAGUUUUCUUGUUCAAUUCUGUGGUUUAACUGAGUAACAAGAGAUGUCACCAUGUUGAAUGUUCCGAAAGGAUUGAGCAUUUGAAAGAUACAGUAUCAGAAAAUUUGAAUCAGAGGAUAUUACCUUUCCUAUGGAUCUCCCACCUCUCUCACUCUCUUAUUCUCUCUCUUUCUCACCCUAUGUCCCGCUCACUCUGACAUUCCUUUUGGUUUUGUCUCUCUUUCUCUAUUUGCCUCUCUGUUUUUCUUUCUUUCUCUCUCUCUCUCUUUCUUUCUCGGUCUUUCGUUUUCUCUCUCAUCUCUGUUGAUCGUUACUCUUACAAUCAUCUUCGUCAUCAUGUUGAAAGUUCUCUUGCGUUUUUUCUGUUCGAUUCUCUCUUCCAUUUCAUUCAGUCUGAACAUUCUCAGUUUAUAACAACAGAACAGGUAAUGUUUCAUAUGAAAAGUUUUCGAUUUGUUUCAAUAUGUGAAUAGAAAGUCAACAGACAAGACGAAAUAAUAAAAAAAAAGAAAAGAGAAGUAAAUUUUUUAUCAUAAGUGUCAAGGUGAAAAAGGAUAAGUGAAAAAAGGGAUAAAAGAUUUAGAUUAGCCUGUGGUCAGUCUGUCUUAUCCUUUCAACCCUUUCAGUAGAUUUCAAUCUUCAAGAUUGGUUCAUUUACCAUAUCAUCCAUGAUGCAAAGGAUUAAGGAUAGUUUACGUAAAUCAUCAUCAUCUUCACGUGAGUCAACCUUAGAUCCAUCAUCAGGGCCGAAAAAUCAACAAGUGCCAACAAGUUCAUCUGCUAAUUAUCAUCAUUCUCAUCAAUCAAACUAUCAAAAUCUACUUGCACCUUCAUCACCAACAAAAUUAACUUCAGAAGUACCACCGGGAUUUUUAAAUUUAGGUUCUAACCUUGGAUCGGGUUUAAGUCGAGUCGGUUCACCGUCGACAUUAUCUCCACUUUCAGAGCGCCGAGAUGAGGUUACCUUUGAAACAGUUCGAAUGGUUCCUCGAUCGUCUCGUAGUGAGGAUGUAGCAACAACUCCCGAAUCUGAUACCCAUUUUCCCUCUGCUUCCCUUUCCGUUUCCCCUCCUUCCUCUUACCAUCCUACGACUCCGACAAACACCUCGAGCAGUGGUGAUCUUUUAAGUGCUCAUAGUAAUUUAAGUGUUCACUUUUCUCUUAACGUACAAUCAAAUUCAAUCUCCGAUGCAACUAAUCAAUUUUUAUCCACCAAUUCACCAAGUCGAUCUGGAAGAUCUCGAUCAUUUGAUUCAGCGGCUGCAGCCGCAGCUGCUCGUGAAGCAGCUGAACAAAAGGCUAAGAAACCUUAUCAUAAGGCAAUAAACACCUUUCUCGAGCUUCCAAAAUGGCGGAUGCUGGUUCGUAAAUCACCAGCCUCAUCAAGCUCAUCUGGACUCUCCUAUGAACGGGAUUGUAUCCACUGUCAGUUGACCCUUGAACUUGCCAAAAUGACCAAAGCCUCACCUCCAGUUUCAAGUGCAAAUUCAAUAUCAUCUGAAGGCUCAUUGUGUGAGGAAGAGUCAGACAGUGAAUCUGUUGCCAUUGGCACUCGAACCUCAUCAACUGGUGAGCCGGAAGAUGACGAUGCAAUAAGUAACUCAGGAACAGCGGAAAUUGAAGGAUUACCAACAGUGAUUCUAAGUUUAGCCCCGGAAAUUGAAAAACCUUUACUCGAAGAAGACACCGGAUUAACAGUUAUAUCUCUUGAAGUUCCUAUUCGUACCAAAUCAGGUCGCUCGGCUUCCGUUGAUGGAUCUUAUCUACAAGUUCCCCAAAGACCUGAGAUUGGUAUUUGUGAACUUCCACCGGUCAAAGCUCAACGGUCAAGAUCAAUUGAUGUCGCAUUACCAGUUGGACCCGACGGACCUUACAUCGUUGUACCCACGGAGAAACCACAACCUUUGAUAACACAAUCUAAUAAAUCCCAGGUAAAUAUCAUGAAUAAUUUUCACCCGGUUAAUAUUUCUGUCACAUUAAUCAGGUUCAUGAUCAUAUGUCUCCUCUAUCAUGCAAUUCCUUGACACUGAACAAGCGAUGUACGUAUCCAGAAAUGAUGAUGAAUUUGGUUUUUUCCUCAUUAUAUUGACAAACCUUAAGGUUUUGUUUCCUGCUUACAGAUUAUCCUUUUUAAGCUCAUUACCGCUUUGAAUUAUCAUAACUAUUGUUGUUUUUUUGCUUUACUAUUUGUUAUCAGUUAGUGUCAUCAUUAUGAGGUGAAAUUAAUUAGAGUAGUAGUUACUUAGCUGAUAAGUUGAUGAAUUGGUUUUGACUAUUCAUUGAAUUAUCAUCAUUAACCCUUGAUACUCAUUAGAAAUGAUUAGUAUUGACAGAGAGAGAGAGAGAGAGAGAGAGAGAGAGAGAGAGAGAGAGAGAGAGAAGAGAGAGAGAGAGAGAGAGAGAGAGAGAGAGAGAGAGAGAGAUAAUGAUGAUGAUGACAAGAUUAAUCUUGUUUAUCAAUAAAAGGACAUAAUGAUAAUCCUACUCAAUGAUUAGUCAAAUACUUUCGCAUUGAAUAUUUAAUCAGAUGAGAUAAAUGCUAAUCAAUUGAACACUUUUUUUCCUAUGUAAAUAUAUUCAUAGUAAAAUUGAUGAUCGUAAUUGUUGAUAAUCUUUUUAACCAUUUGCUUAAUCUAAUUGCAAUCAGUUUAUUUAUGUUGUGCAAUAGGUGCAAAAGUUUACUGAUUAUUUUUUUUCUCCAAGGUAAACAAUUUAACUUUCAUGUGCUAAAUUAUAACUGUAACAAUUAAUUGUUACACUUUUCUCCCGACUAAUAAUAGACUUGAGUUUUAACAUUUGGUUUACAUCCGAUGAUUAAUUGAUUACAUAAAAAAGUUUUAAUGGUCAAAAGUGCCUUAAGGCAGAUGUAACAUUGGGAUGGAUCUCAUUUCUUAUCAGAUUAAGACAACCACCUCAAUUGGGAUUUUCUUGUAAACGCCAAAACAACAAUCAAAUCAACUUGGAAACAAUUAACCACUAAUCUUAUAUAAUCAACUAAUUGAUCGAUAUUUUAUCAGAUUUAAUUAGUUUUCCAUUCAUAACUUUAUCGAUUCAUUGGAUAAUAGAAUUUUUUUAUAUUCUUUCCAAUUUCUGUAAACAACAAAAGCAUAAUUCUCUUGAACUUUUGUUCCCAUGGUAAGAAACUGAAUUCAAUGUAGGUAAGUUCAUUUUGAGAAUGAAUUUCUCUUCUCAAAUAAGAAUCAAAUUUCAAUUAAAAUGAUUUUUUUCUACAAAACAAAAAACAUUGUAUUCGUUUAAUUAGAUUGAUGGAAGGAGAAAACUUUAGAAUAACGAUUAGAUUCACAUUUGUAAUUCUCUAAAAUGGACGAAAAUUUUCUAAUAGCAAUUUAAUUGAUACAAAUUUGGAGU